AUGGCGCGAGCCUUCUGGUGGCUGUUCGCUACUUCUGUUUUGUCAGUUGCACAGACGCGGGGCAGUCACUCCGGUGGGGGUACCCUGUUUCUUGAGGGCGCCGAUCAUCUGGCUUUCCAUAUUCCGGAGAUCACCCUUUAUCCCUCGCGUCUGAUACUCGAGCUGAUUCAUCUGAAAGCUCUAGGCAUGCUAAACCUGGUCCCCGUUCCACCACAAAUCGUCGACUGCAAGAUUGGCGUUGUAGACCGAAACGCGUGUGAGAAGGUGUUGGUAGUCGAUAUCGGAGGGAACAAGCUGACGUACCAGGACUUCGAGAGUAUCUUUGCAAUGCUGCCAAACUAUCGCUCCUCUUCCGAUGGACCGCAGCACCUUUCGCCUCACGACUUUUACUCGACGUUUGAACCCACGACUACGCAGGACCUAGGACUAUUCACCUUAUACAACUACUAUCUUAUGCAGGAUAUUUUCUUUGGCCCUAUCUGGAAGGCUUUUUCGAGCGGUGCUGACGCUGCCAAGCAACCCACUCCUAAGAAUCAAACGAUUGCGUCACACGGCGACUCGAUAUCAGGAAGCGAAGCCUUAGAUUCUUCGCCUCCCGCUAGCUACCCUAGCGCUGACAACUCCACUGCUUCAGGCAGCGCGGCGCAAGCUUUUCCUAGUCUUACAACAGUGUUGAGCGCUGUACGCGACGCUCGCCUCGUAGAACCUCUGUCUGAGGCACAUUUCGCGCCCGAACAUCUGCGCUUAGUGUCAGCAGCACAACGGCUGCUCGAUUGUUAUCUCCAUGGGACGCCUAUCGUAGUUCCAAAGUAG